AUGCCAGAAAAGGUUCUAAUCGUGGGACCUGUCCAAGGUCGACUGACCGAACUGAUUUCCAAGGUCUCUGCCAUCCAAUCGAAGCACGGUCCGUUUGCCGCACUUUUUGUACUUGGCGAUCUUUUCCAUCCGUAUCCUGCUGAAAUAGGGCUGCAGCAACAAAAUGAUCUACUUCAAGGCAAACUUCGACUUCCGAUUCCGACAUACUUCUACCAAGGCUCCUUCCUUCCCUCACCGCCUCUCGUGGAAAAGAUUGUAGCAGCGUCCAAACAGGCCAGCAAGGACGUACCUCAUGGUCUUGCCAAGCUGGCCGAAAACCUGUUCUGGGCAAAAGGAAAGAGCGGAGUCUUUACUUUGCCGACAGGCUUCAGAGUAGCAUUCGUUGGAGGAGUGUGGCAUCCUAGCAAGUUUGCGCAGGACAUUGAAAAGGAGUCUGGGCAAUUUGAUCCCGAGGCAUGGCACGAAUCGGACCUCCAACGAACACGAGACGAACAAACGGCACACAUUACACCAGCGACGAUCCAUCGUCUUCUCGCGCACCCUUCCUUCCGCUUGCCCUCGACCUCAAUCCCAACCUCAAUGCGCUCGAAUCAUGGUGCGGCAAAGCCGGGAACACUCGCAGCAGCACGCGCUUCAGCUUCGGCGGAUCAGGCUCGAGUUGCAGCGCAAACCGCAGCGCUGGACAUGCUGACAUCCAGACCACCAAUCGAUAUCAUGCUCACAAACUGCUGGCCGACAGGUAUCACGCUUUUCUCCAUACCUUCUACAUCCUCGGAUCCAACGGGCGGACUACCAGACCCGACAGCAAGAAUGUGGGGCUCGCCAGCCAUCGCGCGUCUUGCAUCUCACGCCUGCCCACGUUACCACUUCUCUCUCGCACCGUCCACCUCAGAAGGAGAAAGCGAUGUGAUUUUGCCCGUUGGUAUCGCGCAAGAAACGCUCGACAUGGGCGCGUUUUGGGAACGCGCACCCUAUGUCACCAAUCUAUCUUCUUAUCUUUCAGCUGUACAGCAACAGCAGCUUCAGUCCACACCCCAGGGUAGAAGGCAAGCCGAGAGGUUGAAAGCGAUCACUCGAUUUGUGUCGCUGGCCAAAUUUGCGAACGAAAAGAAGAAAGAGGUGGUUUUCUGGCUCGGUAAUUCACACCCUGCGGAUCACACCAGCAGCAGCCACAACAGGCAUUGCCCGACAAAUGCACGCAGACACCCUACUCUGUACCCUCAAGAUGGGGACAUGGAAUCGGGACCAAACUAUCGUUUCCAAGAACCUCGGAACAAACGUCAGAGAGCCGAGGGAGGGAGUGAAGACGUCCCACCUCCCGGUUACGUAUGUCGGAUCUGCAAUGUUGAAGGACAUUACAUUCGCCUGUGCCCGGUCAAACAACAACAACAGCAGCAGCAGCAGCAUCAAACCCCGUCCGAUCCUGUCUCCGCUUCCAUUGUUCCCGCUGACACCAAUGCCUCCGAAGCACCGAAGCAGCGAUGGGUCAAAUCUCAGAUGCCACUCCCAGCCGGUCUGCCCAGCAAACCAUCCUUCGCCCAGCCGCACCAGCAGAAACGUCAAAUGAUUCCAGUAGGACCAUCCAACUGUUGGUUCUGCCUAUCGAAUCCUUCGAUCGCCAAGAACCUUAUCAUCACGAUCGCAGCCGACUCGUAUCUGGUCUUUCCCAAAGGACCUUUCACGCAUCCUUCGAUCAAUCAAGUUCCAAACGAUGCUGCACACGUUCUCGUAGUCCCUCUCGCACACACGAGUAACCUUCUUCCACCGAACCACCCUGUUCUGUCCGGGAACGACGAGUUGGACGCUCAAGAACGCGAAAGGACACAGGCAGAGAUGGCAGAGACCAAAGCGAGCGUUCGAAGCGUGUGGGCCAAGACGAACCAUGCCAUGUUGGAAUGGACCCUGGUCCGCGUUCGUACAAGCAGUCGCAUGACGCAUUUCCAAACGCAGCUCUUGGCCGUACUGCAGCAAGUGGUGGAUCAACGUGAUCUCGUCAAAAUACUCGAUGAUGCACUUGAAACUCUGCCGCUUUCCAAAUCCAUCAUGCGCAAUGCGGACCAAAUACACGCGUACUUGUCCCGUUCUGCGCACGACCCAGACGCAGAGGAGCAAGACGGCUAUUUCCACAUGGCCCUACACGCUCUCUCGCGCAGCUCGACGGCUAAAACAGAAUGGCUGGUUCCGUUGACUGUAACGUCGAGAUUCCCAGUGCAAUUUGUACGCACCGCGCUGGCAAACGCUCUCGAACUGCCGCAUUUGGCCGAUUGGAAAAGCGCAGACGCUCAUCAGAAACAGCUCGAGCUCGACAACGCGCUCCAGGAGCACGACCAAGCAGAGAGCGAGAAACAGCGCUCGGCUCAUCUCAGGUCACUUUUGCUACAAUGA